GCUGCAUAUGUUUGUAUUUCUUUACCCUUCAAAUAAAAUUUAACAUAUAAAGAAGCAAGAUGACAGUUUUGUUACCUGCUUCACUCUUCAGCUGCCAUUUCUGCAAUCUUCCUUCUGUUAAGUAUUCAUUUUCACAGAAAACUUCUUUCAGUUCUGUUCCAUUAAAGGGUUGUUUCAGAAUCCAUGGAAGCUCAGAUAAGCUCGACACACCCACAACUAUGGAUGAAAAUGUUGAAGAAGAUUUGCAAGUUACAAGAUUAGAAGAGAGAGAAAAUGAAAUUAGGGUAUCUUCUUCAACUGCUGCUCCUGCAAUGGAGAAAGACCUUAAAAAGGCAGUUAAUAAGGCAGCUGCAACCUUUGCUCCAAGGGCUUCCACGGCUUCCAAAAAUCCUGCUGUACCAGGAAGUACUUUAUACACAGUCUUUGAAGUUCAGGCAUAUGCUUCUAUGCUGUUGGGUGGAGUUCUCUCCUUCAAUCUUGUAUUUCCGUCGAAUGAGCCAGACAUAUGGCGAUUAAUGGGCAUGUGGUCCAUUUGGAUGUUCACAAUUCCUUCACUUCGAGCACGAGACUGUUCAAGCAAAGAAAAAGAAGCACUCAACUAUCUCUUUCUCCUUGUUCCAUUGCUUAAUGUGAUAAUCCCGUUCUUCUGGAAGUCCUUCGCUGUUGUAUGGUCUGCAGAUACUGUUGCCUUCUUUCUGAUGUAUGCUUGGAAGUUAGGGUGGUUGCAGAAAACAGAGUAAGGUUGCCAUUGGGGUUUGUCUUGCAGAAUGUUUCUUCAGUUGGCUUUUUAUUUUGAUCUGAAUUGUACACAAAAUGUACAUCCCUUUGGGUGUUGGUAAAUUUUAGAGAAUACACAAGGCGAAGUUCACAAUAGAAAUAGCCUUAUGAUGCAUCAUAGAAACAUGUAAAUUCCUGUAUGUGGUUCGAGUAGUACGUCACAUCACUUGCAACUUGAGUAUCAAAUACUGAUAGCCAUUGAAAUGUCUCUGUGUCGUACUUCGUCGAGAAGUAAUAGUCGCGUAUACUGUUUUAGGGUAUCUAUAAGAUGUCUCAUUCUUAGUGUAGUGAAUGGUUUAUUGGUUUACUAUCACUUCUGAAAAGGGUCCUUGUAUAAAAUCAUGUUACACAUCUUGGAUGAGCGAAUCCAUCCUUUUCUUGUA